GGCUUUCUGCGAGAAGGCCGCAGCGGGGCGGGGUGUGGCUCCUGGGGAGGGGCGGAGCUGGAGAUGGCGUCCGUGGCGGCUCGCCGGCUGGCCUGGGUAGCGGUCCGACCCGGGGCUCUCUGGAGCGUGCCGAAGGGAAGGGAAGGUGGUGAUGUCUGUGCCGUACCGGGCAGCUCAGGCCGCAACCUGGUACCGUCGAGGUCAGUCAUCGUCACUCGCAGCGGCGCCAUUUUGCCCAAGCCGGUGAAAAUGUCCUUUGGUCUUCUCCGGGUGUUCUCCAUUGUGAUCCCCUUUCUCUAUGUGGGGACCCUCAUUAGCAAGAAUUUUGCUGCUCUACUUGAGGAACAUGACAUUUUUGUCCCAGAGGAUGACGACGACGAUGAUUAACAGGACUCAAAGGAGGAACAGAAAGGAGAAAGCACUAACAGAGGAAUCGGUGGCAUGCUCAGCUCCUUCCCUGUCGGCAGAAGGGUCAAGGAAAGCCCUCUGCCUCACCUCCUCAUGAUGUGACAACAGCCCAGAGUCCUGUGCUUUGGGAGUUUCCCUCAAAUGUGCUGUCCACAGAGCACUGGAAACAACAAGCAAGCAAAUUAUAAGUACAUAAUAAAUGAGUCGUGUAAGACUGAAAA